CUGAACUGAGAGAAGAGAGGAGACCGGGAGCUGAAAGAAAGACAAACAGACUAGAAGAAAAAACAAACAGCUGUUGCAGUUUAGCGCUUGAGGCUUCAUCAGCUUUUAGAAGAACAUUGUUAUUUUUCAUUGAUAGUUUUUACAGAAUUUCUAAAAGGCAAAAUGAUAAGCAACAGAAUCAUCGUCAGCUCCAUCGUGGUGCUUUUGACCCUGCUGGCCACCUGUGAAGGCAUGGGAGUGGAACUGCACUGCCGUUGCAUUCAGACAGAAAGCAAACCUAUUGGCCGCCACAUUGAGAAGGUGGAGUUGAUUCUUCCCAACUCCCACUGCGAGGAGACGGAGAUCAUUGCCACACUGAAAAGGACAGGUGAAGAGGUUUGCCUUAAUCCUGAGGCCCCCUGGGUUAGGAAAGUGAUCAACAAGAUCAUGUCCAGCAGCAGACCCUGAACUGAAGAACUGAAGCGACACAAGAGAUGUGCUUCAUGAACGAGCUGUUUUUUUAACCAACGAAAAUCACUGAAAUCACCGUGUUCCUUUCACGAGAUGAAUGUUAUCAUAUGCAACUAGCAUUUACCACUCGCCUGAAAACCUGUUAAAAAUGACAGAAUUUUGGUUGAAGUGUUUGUAUCAAACACAUUACUUUUUUACUUCAGUAUAUGUAUUCUCCAUGUAUUCUCCUGUCAUAAAGAAAGGGACGCUACCUGUUUCCCUGUGUGUAUGUAUUUAUGUAUUUAUGAUUACAAGUGCUUAAAUUCUUGUCUGUAUUUAUGAA